UUCACAUAUCGCGCCUAAAAACGCGUGGAAAACGCUAGGCGCGCCGCUUUCUCCUUUUUUCCAAAGCGCUCUGGCGGUUGCACUCCGGAGGCGUCUGUCGUUGCUAAGCAACCAUCAGCUGCACUCUCCGUUACAACAAGGAAAUUUCAGCAAUGGAUUUCCACCACCGAAAAACCCUUGCUGUAACUCUGUUACAAGAUUUAUUUACGAAGAAAAGUAAAAAACGCCGCAUUGUUUGGGUGUAGCUGCUCCUCCAUUUUUCUGUUGAGGUUUCAAAUUAACGGCAAAGGUGAGGAAGCUGAUUGGUUGGUUCUUGUCACAUGACCCGCGGUGCGCUUGAGGCAUUCUGAAAAGUUGAGAGUGUUUUAUCUCGAUGCGGCGCGGACGCGCCUGGAAAAAAUGAGCGCGUCGCACCGCGUGCGCGUCGCGACCGCGUCGCUUCCAUUAUGAGCGCGCAUACCGCGCGUCUACAUUUGAAAUAACGAACUUGAGCGCGCAAAAGACGCGAUAUGUGAACGGCCCCUUAGAUCAGUGGUGUAACCCCAGUAACCACGUCUCCAUGGAAACGUUCACAACAAAACACCGCUGUGUGCAUGUAGCUGUUGUCAACACUGACGUUACUCUCCGUUCUUUGAAGCGGCUUUUAAACACCGUUUUUAACACUUUGUAUCCCUGUCAUAACGUCUGGCAGUUUUUUUUUUCUUCACUAAAACUCAAACGAAAUGCCUCAAAGUGCCACAUCCUCAUGUGGAAAGCAGUCGGGCAGCAGCGCUUUCACUCGCCGCUAUCGCACACGAGCCCUCACCUCUCAUGUGGAUGAGACCCUCUUUGGGACACCAAAACAGCAUUCUGCUGGUGAUAUGAGAAACGACCCUGAAGGCGGAAGCAAGAGGUUGAGGACACGCUCUGCUCCACCCAAAGAGCCACAUUUAGAGACAGUGCGCAUCAUCACUAAAGACCUUAUCAGGGACCUCAGAAUCCCAAAUGAGGACCCAUCUGGGCAGUCUGUCAUCCUGUCCUCGGCUGAUUUCAGGCGAAUCAUGGUGGAGUCUCAUGUUCCUAGUAAAGAGGAGAAGGCAGCUGUGCUGCAGGCCCAACGCCAAGCCCGUGAGGAAGCCAUGGAUACUGCAGAGCAGAGAAAAGCACAGAUGCGUCAGGCGGACCUGUCUCGGCAGAAGAACCAGAACCUCAGUGAGCUCGAGGCAGAAGCAAGGGACCGGGCUCAGUACCUGUUGGAACGGGCGAAUACCCUGAGAAUGGAACAAGAGGAUGAAGUCAAGAAGCUCAAUGAGUUAAUUCAGGAAGUGCAGUGCCAUGUUGUCCGGGAUGCACAAAUUCAGGAGAAGAAACACAACCGUGCAGAGUGGCAGGAGGAAGAAAAGAGACUGGAUGCCAUGAUGGAGGUGGAGCGUCGCCGGGCCUUAGAAACCAAGGAACAAAUUGAACAGCUGCGAAAGCAGCAAAGGAUUGAUGGGAAGAUGUGCAUCCUGGACCAGAUCCAGAUGCGUCUGGAGGAGAAAAUGCUACAGGAUGAGUUGAAGGAGCAAGAGGGUCAGCAGUUGUUGGAAAACAUGGAGAGGAUGCAGAUGGAGGAGCUCAGGGCCAUUGAAAGGAAGAAGGAGGAGCAGAAGAAUUUGCUUCAAGAAAUUCAGAAGAUAAAUGAAGAGAAUUUGCUUGCUAAAGAGCAGAAAAAUGAAGAAGAGAGAUUAGAAGAUCUGCGAGCUGUAGAGUACACGCAUAAGAAAUUGGAACGAGAGGCAGAGUAUGAAGCUGAGCAGAUAAAUAUCAAGAAAGACAAAGAGAAGGAAGUGGCACGACUGAGAGCUCUUCAAGAAAGGGACAGAGACCAUAAAGCUGAGCAGGAUGAGAUCAGGGCACGGAGGAACCAAGAAGCGGCUGCAAGGGAAUGGAGAAGAAAAGAGAAAGAGCAGAAUUUGAGGAAGCUGGAAGUGGAAGAAAAGCUGAAGGCUGCUCGUUUAGAGCAGGUCACUCACAAGGAGCACUUGCUUUCCAUUGAGGCUGGACGAGAGAGAGCAGAGUUUGAAAGGGUCCUGAGGGCACAGCAGGAGCUCAUUGAGAAGGAACGAGAAAAAGAGGUGCAACAGCAUCGAAAAAUCCAAAGGCAUGCUCAGGCUGUGAGGCAGCAGGUACGGGAGAGAGAGAUGCAGGCCAUCACCCAGCGCAGAGAGCUGUUCAGAGAGGGAGAGCGGCUGGAAGAAGAGGCGCGCAAUCGCAGAGCACGACUGGACGAGAUUAAAGAAAAAAAGCUGAGGGAACUCAAGGCAGCUGGGCUCUCAGACAAGUACUACAAGGAAGUGGAGCCUGAAAAGACAAAGGAAGCAGUCAGCCCAGUCGUGUUUGUGGAGUGGUAUUAAUUCAGAAACAGAGAAGACAGAAAGCUGUGGAAGCAAACAUUUGCAGCCAUAGGUCUGUGUUAGUUUUACCCGUGUAUCAAACAUUCCUGCUGUUAUAAUUUCCACAGAAUUUGUUAUUUCUUAAACUUUUGCCCUGUCCAAAUACCCACACUUGCGGUCUUUGCACUUGACCACUUAUUUGACGUAUUUCCUGCAUAUUUGGCCCAAGUGAGCAUGAAGACCACAAGUGUGUGUUGAACCUUUCAUUACCUUAUGGGACACACUUAUAGUGUUAGUAGUUAUAUCCAAUACGCCACGUCAAUGAUGAUGUAAGAAUUAUAAAACCUCAGACACUUUGAACUUCUGAGAUGGACAACACCAACACGGUGUAUUAACAUACAGACAUCUGUCUCCACAUCCCACUGAGAGAAAAUGUGGGAAAACGCCUCUCUCACAUAUGCAUCAGUUCCUUUUCAUCCCCUUCCUUCCCCUCACCCAUCCUUCCCUCCUCUCUGCUCAAAAUGGUCAAUAGUAGAUUGUAAUGUUCUACAUGAAUGCAAGUGAUAUUUACAGUCUUGUUUGGUACCAUUUGAAUUGUCUCAGGGCGUCUGGUACAAUGGGCUCAUUCUUACAAGAAGUAAACUAAAAGGUAAUACAGAUCCUGAGAGUUUAGAUAUAUUUUGCACACUGUCAGUUUCCAGGGGUUUCUAUGCAAAAUUACCUUUUGUCCCAAAAGGUGUUAACUCGGUCAAUGCAAAUUCCAAUCGUUAGCUCCUGUCUCCAUCUCGGGGGAUGUUGGUCUUGGUCUGAGGUACUUAAGGAAAUGUUGCAAAAGGAUCGGGGCAUUUUCUGUAGCCAGAAGCCCGUAGUGUGGUGUGUCUCUAUACUUCACACUAUGUAUAUUUAUAAAGUCAGGUAUGCAUCUUUUACUCGUAGAUUUAUCUUUGAGAAUUCAAUGUUUUGUAUUGAUAUGAUUUGAUAUCUCUGAAUUGGCUAUGUAAUUGACAUAAUACAUAUUUACCUGACUGAUAAUAAAUUGUUACAUUUGAUCUUAUUCUGUUUUACUCUGUAAUUAUUGACUCUAGUAGAAUACGUUGUAUCCUUGUUAGCGACAUGAGCACCUGAACGAGUAAAUAUAAAGUAAAGAGUAAACUAGAAUAAUCAAAUGUCAGAAGAAUAAUAGGAAUAAUUAGGGACAGACAAACGACCAAUUUGCCUUUCAAUCUAAAUUCGAGGUCAUAAUAAAAUGGAGUCAGAUUUGAAGUUAACCUAAAUUUAAUAACUUUGCGCGCUGAAAAGACCGAACACGCAGGAAACCUUCAUCCACGAUUGGAUACCGUCCUUGGACCAAAUUCGUGGACCUUACAAUGAUUUAUGACCUAAUUUAUGAGCAGAUUUAUGAGCACCCUGUCAGCGUUGAUCGACAGGUUGUCAUGUGUCAAAUGUAUACAUGGGUGGAUUUCUGACCUGAUUUAUGGGUAUAUGACCCCUCUGUCACCCUGACUGUCACGUCACCGAGGUCCUGUCAGCCCUGACUGACAUGACAGUAGGGGUUUGUAAAUCAAAAGAUCUAAACAGAUGACAUUUGUUGGAUUUAUGAGUGGAUUUACGAUGUUUUUAUCACUCACGUGUGCCAUGGCGUUUUUAUGGCGUUCCUUCCUGGUCUGUAGCUAAUGGGACAGUCUUGGAGGUGUUGGGCCUCUUCCUGAUUGUGGAAAAAAAUGGCUGAGCAAAGUGUGUGUAUUGACACCUUAUGUUUGUUUGAUCUGUAUGUUAUAUGUUAAUGCCUAGUCAGGGGGGUCAUCCUGACUGUGGGAAAAAUAGCAGAGCAAAGGGUGAUGUAGUGGCUCCUUGAGAGGACCAAUGUUUGUUUGAUUUGUAUGGCAUAUAUUAUUGCCAAUUUGUUCCUACCGGCUUGUCUACAUCGGCUUCUGAAUAAGGAAGGUUGUCAGGACAUCUACCUUUCCAGGUUGGGGAUAAAAGAAAGGCUACAUUUUGAUAGCUAAGACAUCACUGUUUUGAUUGUAUGAAAACUGAAACAUAGAAUUAAAGAAUUCACCAAUUGAUGAAAAUUUCUAUAUGCGUCUGAAAAAGGUGCUAUGUCCGGGCAUGUUUUUCUUUAUCAUCUCAAUGUGUGUAUGCUAACACCUCUGUAGGAUCAGAACAACCUAAUCUGUAGGUUGAAUAGAUAAACUUAUGAGGAGGAGUCUUAAGUUAAAGAUUAUUCAAACCGCCAACUAUCCAUUUACUUCUGACAGUGAAGGUGAUGGUGGGGUCUAACUGACAGCGGACGACAGUAUCCUCGUUGUGCUUGUGUUAAUGGCUUUACAGCAUUCACUCAUAUAGAUGUGCACAGAAUCAUGCUUUAGUUCAGUUCAGUUCAUUUUAUUUAUAAAGCACAAUAAAACAACAAUGGUUGACCAUUGUGCUAAACAAUAUUGUUUAAAUGAAAAGUACAUAACAUGAUAUGACAAAGACAAACAAAUAAACAUUUUUAAAUAAGCCCUGCUUUAGACAAAUAAUCAACACUUUGGCUGAUUAUUUACACACACACACACACACACACACACACACAAACAAAUCUAAGUAUUUUUUAAACUAAAUUUUAAGUAUGAGCAAAAAUGUUGUUUUUACUUUUUGUUGUUAUUUAAUAAAUGUUUUAAUUUUAAUCUAGCCUGUAGAUAGUAUGUGUAUUGUAAAAGAACAAAUAUACAUUUCACUUAAAAGUUCUCAGUACAACAAUUACACCUACGGUUUUAAACAUAUUUAAAAAGUUUUAAACACAUUGUGUGUCACUAAAGCAAGUCAUGCUGUCUAUUGUCUUUAAAUUAAACUUUAGUUGUAUGCUUUAAUUUCUUUAAAACAGCCUGAUGAUAAUGCACCCAAGUGCUUUUCUCACACCAGUGGAAAACUCUUUGGAUGUGUUUGUGACAAACACACAAUUUUUUAUUUUUUUUUGUAAAUGUAUGACUGAACCUUUCUCAUUUGACAGACUUACGUUUUCAAAUUAUUUAUUAUUUCAAAUUAUGUUUAACAGCCACAGGGAAUACAUGUUGUUUUCUAAUGCUCAUGAAAACUUUAUUGGUGUAAAUUUCUCACCUAGAACACAAAACUUGUACAUUUUGACUAUUUUCUAGGUAUCAUGUCAUUUUAAACGGUUUACUAAAAGAUUAAAGCACCAGCAUCUGUGAUUUUCAAAAUGAAAGGGAUAUAAAAUAUAAGGAUGUUUCAGCUAUUAUCAUCAUUUCCUUUUGACCCUAAUAAACUGGUAAUGAAUUUACUAUGACAAUCGAUACAAAGUAGGCUACAGUUCUCAUACUAUGUGUGUAAAUAGCUGUGCUGAAACAUUUAUGAGUAUUUUUGCAUGCCAACAGAUUUAGUCAGGGAUGUGUCUCAUCUAAGAAUCACAGUGUUUUGUAAAUAACAUUUUUAAUUUUUUUUUUUUUUUUUACAUUACUAGAUUUUAUCAAUAUUAUCAUAUUAUCAAGAUUUCGGAUGGCCGUUCACAAUUUUUUGUUGGACUGUUUAUGUUUUUAGGUGAAAACACCUCUUUGUAAGCUGUCAUCAUAAAAACGGCGCUGAUGGUUUUACUCAGGUGGUUAACUGACUCUUUCCAUAACUGCAUUCUGUUUUCUCCAAUGGCUUCAUUCAUCCACUUUAGCUCCCCUUUUGUAUAUACGCGUGAGUGUAUGUAUGUUUGUUUGUUUAGAUUAGUUAUGUGUGUUAGCGUUUAGUUAAUAAAAGUUGUGUGCACAAAUUACAUGAGUUUCUGGUUCUGCCUUGCAAAUUAAUGUCCCUUUAUGAUUUUGAUUCUUACUACAUGCUCUAAUGCAUUAAUACUUAAGAAAGUAUUUUCUGUGGCCACAAAAAUAUCCUUUCUUAGAGUUGAUAUGAACUUACACUGAAUGUUUGCUGGACGAUCAGAUCAGUUGAUGGCAAUUUAAUUCUGCUACAGUUAUUACUGUCAGCCGAUAUAAAUAAUUGUAAUUAAUCAUAAUUAAUUGUAAUUAUUUAUAUACAAUUCCCUGUAAUUAUUUAUAUACAAACAUGAUUACAUGCUAUCAGAGCAUUUGAUGAGUAAAAGCAGCCUCUGUAAAGAUGCUGUAUAAUUAAAUGUUAAAUGCAUCCAUUAUUAAAAUCAGGUCAUUAAUAGCAAGCUAUAUUCAUAUGAAUUCUUUUAAACAUGAUUACAUGCUAUCAGGACUGUUAUCAGUAGUGUAAAUGAUCUGGUUCUGACAAAUGAAUCAAAUAUUUGAUAUAUCACGAGACACGUCAAACUAGCAUUUCCACUCAUGGAAACAGAUCAGUUACGAGGUGCAGAGAGACAUCAUGUAUAGUAGGAACAUGAACUGAUGGGACCCAUUUGAAGUAAUUUAUUAAGAAGCCAAUGGACAAUAUAAACUAUCUGACUGCUUUCCAAGAAGAGCAACUGAUUUACUAAUAUUGUGAUAGUGUCAAUUGAGACUGUGCAGGGGCUGAGGCAAUGACUAACGACAGCAGUGGAGUAAACAUUGCAGGACUUGUACAAUGUCAUACAAGGUGUUAAAUUGAAUUACUGAAUUAUGAAGACUUUGAUGCGAGACUGUGUUUAGGGUUCUAACUAAUGGGGCAUUUUUAAGACUUUUACCCUGUCCAAAUACCCACACUUGCGGUCUUGGCCACUUGAGAGUGCUUGUACGUGACAGUGCGUGCACAAGACUGUCCCAGGUCUUAAUAAUGCCAAAAUAAUCUUGAAUACCACACCGAAGCGCUAUUCGAGGUUUGGUGUAUCCCAUCAUGCAUCAUGUUUUGGAAUAAAUCGGGAGACUUUUUGCCGAGAUCUCGCGAGAGGUCACAGAAACCUUUUCAAUGUAAGUUAAAUAUUAAUAAUAAUAAUUAUAUAUUAGGAAUAAUUUGGUAGUAAAGACAAAGUGUUGCACGUUUUAUUGGUGCAAAGAUAAGUAUAUUUAUUUUGCAACUGCUUUUUAUCACUUAAUUAGAAGCACCACAAAUUAAAUUACUCUUAUAGGGACUACUGAACAGACACUUAGAAGUUUAUUUUAAAAUGCAAAGUUGAAACUAAAAAUAAAUCUCUGUAAACACUUGCAUUUUUACAACACUAUAAGUGUGUCCCGUAAGGUAAUGAAAAGUUCAGCACACACUUGUGGUCAUGUCAAAGCAGUAACUAAAUCAGCAUACUAUCAUCUCAAAAACAACUUGUUCAUGCUUGUUCAUUAUCACCAGCAGGGUGGAUUAUUGUAAUGGUCUCCUCUCCGGCCUUCCAAAGAAGACCAUUAGACAGCUGCAGCUCAUCCAGAACACUGCUGCCAGAAUUCUGACUAGAACCAGAAAAUCUGAGCAUAUCACACCAGUCCUCAG